AUGGCUCCAAUACCGAGACCAGGUCAGGGCCAGGGUCGUGAUCGAAUCCCCCCAAGGACAAAGGCCGAAUAUGAAGCACUCAUCAUCGGUCUUGAAAUUCUAAGAGAAAUGAGGGCGACCCGUGUCCUGGUCUACAGUGAUUCUCAGUUGGUAAUUAACCAACUGACUAGGGAAUAUCAGUGCACGAGCGAAAAUUUAACCUUGUAUUAUGUAACGGCCCUCAAUACGGCCGACGAAUUUUCUAGGAUCUCAUUCGUUUACGUACCUCGCGCCGAAAACCAUGAGGCCAAUGAGAUGGCCCAGGUAGCGUCAGGUGUGAACAUUCCGGACAGCGACCGCGACCGCGUAAUAAGAAUCGAGAAGCGCACCCUGCUGGCUUUGGCCGAGUGGGGAAUGACGGCGCAGGUAUCAUCGGCCGAGAGUACCAACGAGGUCGAAACAGCCGAAACCGACUGGCGCUACCCCAUCGUAAAGUAUCUGCGCGAGCCCUCCGGCAACUGUGAGAGGACUACUGUCUUCCGAGCUCGGUGUUAUUUGGGGUGCAUCAAGUGUCAAAUCUACGACCCCAUACAAAGGGUACCGGCUGACGCCCUCCACCCAGUUACUAAACCUUGGCCGUUCAGAGGAUGGGCCGUGGACAUCAUCGGCAAAAUCUACCCGACUACGUCCAACCAGCACGCUUGGGUUUUGGUAGCAACUGACUAUUUCACUAAAUGGGUCGAGGCAGAGUCCUAUCGGUCCAUUUCUAGCACACAGGUGGUCAGAUUCUUCGAAAAUCACAUCGUCCACAGAUUCGGUAUACCCGAAACCAUCACGGCCGAUAACGGCCCGGUAUUCGCAUCAGCCGAGUCUCGAGAAUACGCCGACAGGAUGGGGAUCAAAUUGGUCUACUCGACGCCCUACUACCCACAGGCUAACGGACAGGCCGAGGUAAGCAACAAGGUAAUUAAGGGUAUCCUCGAGAAAAUGAUUGAGGAAAAACCUAGGGCAUGGCACGACUUACUCCCUGAGGCCCUCUGGGCUUAUCGAGUCUCGAAACGAUCGGCUACUGGCACAUCCCCUUAUGCCUUAACCUACGGUCAUGACGCCAUCGUUCCGAUGGAGCUAAAGGUUCGGUCUCUCCGUGUGACCAAACGACCUGGGCAGGAAGAGAAGGACUAUGCGCAGGCCAUGGCUCAGGAGUUAGAAGAUUUGGAGCAAUCCAUGCUCGACGCCUAUAACCUAAUGCAGGCACAAAAGCAGGUCGCGGCAAGGUCCUACAACAAGAAGGUGAAGCAAAGGACUUUCGCCGAAAGCAACCUGGUAUGGCAUGCCGUACUUCCUAUCGGGACUAAGGACCCUCGGUUCGGCAAAUUCUCACCCAAUUGGGAAGGGCCGUUUAUUAUCGACCGAAUCCUUGGCCGAGGCGCAUUUGAGUUAAGAGAUAAGGAUGGGGAAUGGCACAACUUGCCAAUAAACGGCCAAUAUUUGAAGAAAUAUGCCACGUCACUGUGGGAGACGGCCAAUAAUGGGUUAUGA